AUGGGAGCAGGAGCAUCACGUCAAGCAGUGAAAAAGACAGUAGCAUCUGCUGCUGCUAAUACAACAAAGCAGGCUGCUAAUGUACCGCCGCCACCACCAGCAUCUACUAGUACAAUUCCGGACUAUAUUCAAGAGGGAUUUAAGCAAGACCAGCAAGUAAUCCACAACUUUGGUCAAUUGCAUUUUGAUGUCAAAUCUUCCACGGCUGGCGUAAAGCCGAGAAAGGACAAUGACUUUCUUGACAUCCUAAAGAAUCGGACUAUAUCCGCACAGUCCCAGGCUCAGGACCAUGAAUCCCAACGUAUAGCCAAUGCAUCCCCAUCACCUUCAACGACACGUCGUAUGUACCUAACUGUGCAGGACAUUGAACACGUCCUCGCUCUCUACAGAUCAAAUCCACGCAAAUGGACAGUAGAUGCCCUAGUCAAGGAAGCCCGGCUACUUAAUAAUGCUACCAGCAAAUCUAUAAUCACGUCACUCAUCACACAUCUAAACACGCCCCAACCUGGCAACAUAUCGACUAACUCAACGGGCGUGUAUCCUGCUGUAUGGAAGUAG